AUGGAAGAUCCAGUUGGAGAAACAAUACAGCCUGAAGAAUCUUCUACACUUAUGAAUAACAAUACUUCACCGUCACCGAAAAAAACAUUCUCUUGUGAAAUUUGUAAGAGAAUCUUUGAGCGAAUGUCUAGUUUAAAAACUCACGCUCGUACCCAUACUGCUGAUAAGCCAUUUGUGUGCAAUAUAUGUGAUAAAGGUUUCAAUAGACGAAGUAAUUUAAAAAGACAUAUUGCUACUCAUGGAUCUGAGAGACCUUAUUCAUGUGACGUGUGUGAAAAGAGAUUUCCCCUCGAAAGUAUCUUGAAAACACAUUAUAUUAUCCAUACUAAAGAAAAAAAUUUCAUUUGUGAAGAAUGUAAAAGAUCUUUUCGACAUAAGCAUCAAUUAGAAGUGCACAGUCGAACUCACUCGAAAGAAAAACCCUAUAUGUGUUCAAUUUGUAAUAAAAAAUUUGGUCACAAGAACAAUUUAACUCUUCAUCUGGCUACCCAUAGCAAAGAUAAGCCAUAUUCUUGUGAAAUAUGUGAAUUGUCAUUUAGCUUGAAAGAAUAUUUAAGACUACAUUACCGUACUCAUACUAACGAAAGACCGUAUGCUUGUGAUGUAUGUAAAAGUACCUUCAAGCGUCGGUCUUGUCUACAAUCGCAUGCGGCAGUACAUUCUAAUGUAAGGCAAUAUUCUUGCGACGUUUGCGAAAAAAAAUUUAAACUUGAAGUCCAUCUGAAAAGACAUAAAUAUGUUCAUUCUGAUGCUAAACCUUUCAUGUGUGAUGAAUGCAACACUCCUUAUCGUUAUAAAUCAGAUUUAAGAAAGCAUCAAAAAAGGAAACAUAACAAAUCUCAAUUAUUAGGAACACUUAAUACUAUUUAA